UCCUGUCAAUCACGAAGCGCUCAUUCCACUACCGCUCCUACAGUAAAUAUUUGUGUUUGCUCAACCGGCUGUAAUGGUGGACGACUGAGUCACAGAGACGGAAUACACCUCGAGAGAGUAGAAGAAAGAGGACAAACGGUCGAAAGUCUGUUUUCACCGCCAGCCGCUGCGAGAAGGACAAACGCUUCGUCGAAGAUGGACGAACUCAAACAUCAAGUCAUGAUUAACCAGUUCGUCCUGACGGCGGGGUGUGCGGCAGACCAGGCGAAGCAGCUUUUGCAAGCGGCACACUGGCAGUUCGAGACUGCCCUCAGUGCCUUUUUUCAAGAAACAAAUAUUCCAUAUGGCCAUCAUCAUCAUCAAAUGAUGUGCACCCCAGCCAACACACCAGCGACGCCCCCCAACUUCCCCGACGCGCUGACCAUGUUCUCCCGGCUCAAAGCGUCCGAAAGCUUCAACAGCGGCGCCGGCAGCCCCAUGGCGGCCUCCAUGGCCACCUCGCCCCCUCCCCCUCAAGUCGGAGGAUGGGGGGUCUCACCAAAUGUACCCAACGUGCCCCAGCCCCCACAGGGACUCUGGACUCAGGGACCGCCCCCCACACAGCCCUGCCCCGCCUGGCCAAUGGGAGUCAACUCGCACUCGGGCGCCGAGCAGAAGGCGAGCGUAGCGAUGGAGGCGGAGAGAUGAAGGGCUGCACGGGACUGAAAAGCCCCCCCUCCCCUUCCUCCUGGCGGGGGGUUGGGAGGGGGGGGGGGGCUGAAUGUUAAAAGGGUGGGAGGCAAUAAUGGGUGGAAAUGGGUUUAUAUUUUUUUGUUUUUCCCCAAAAAUUGAUUGAUAUAAAAAAGACACGAAGAGUUUGUGGAGAAUUUCCAGACGAGGAGGAAACCAAUGCAAGUGCAGAAGUAGAAAAACAAGCGCACACGUAGUAAUAAGAGAGCAACUCCAAUCUUUGUAAGUUUUUCUUAAGUAAAUGCAUAGAUGAAAGAAAUAUUAUUGAACUAAAAAAAACAGAAAUGGAAGAAAAAAAAAUGUCACGCCCAAGGAUUUAUGUGAUGUACGAGGACUUACAAGGCAGCAAACUUAGUUUUUUAUUUCUAGUUUUUGUUCUCCAUCUUUUCUGCCAGUGUUUUUGUUAUUUUUUAUUUAAUCCACUGGAGUUUUGUGUUUCUGCGACGGCCUGCGCCGCACGACGACAGACGAGCGAACCGGCGGCGGCGCAGCGGUUCGCCCGGCGUGGACGCACGCAAGAGGACGAUCGGUUUGCAGUCCGUACACUCACCGUAUCUUCGUCGAAGGUUGGGACUUCUCUUACCUCACUUGGUGGUCACCUGACUUCUUUCAGCCAAUCAGGGAUUCUUCUUAAACCAACUGUUGCCGCCACAGGACGACGUUUUUAAAGGUUUGUUUCUUAAACGACGUGACGCUUCGAAAUGUGGACACGUUUUUUUCUGGAGAUUUGGGUUCUAUUACAAGCAAAAAGAGAAAUCUUCAUUUCCUGUAUUAUGAUGUAGUUGUUUUGUUUCAAGGAAAAGGGAGUGGCCUUUGAAAGUGGGUGGGGCUAGUUUAUUUUUAUUUUUUUCAAAGAGUGAACCAAUCAAAGCAGAAAUGGCUAUAAAUGAAGAAGAAGAAAUCCAUCUUUUUAGGCGGAGCUGCCACUUUGCAUGUUCCUGAGACCUUUUGUAGCAGUCGGGCCGGAGCGCCGCGUGGGACGGGGUUGGAUCUAAAUAUGAGAGAGUGAGACGGUGGGUUUUGGGGGGGACACUACAAACUACUUUCAGACAUACAGUAUACAACAUGAACACCCCCCCCCCAGAGUGACUGUCCAAAUGAUGGAGGGGUUCCAGUUCCAGUUGGGACCCGCUCCUGGUCUGUUUAGACCGCUGAGGGGGGAGUUCAGGAGUUACCCUGAUCCAUGGCAAUACCCUUUUUACGUUAGGUAGGAGCAUUUUUUUAUUAGUUCGUUGAAGCGGAGAGGAUUUCUGUUUUCAGUAAGAUACAAUAAUGAGGAAUGACCAACUUUUUAUUGUAUUGUUAGACUCAACUAAUGUCUGAUUUCAUCCUUGUCGUCCAUACUUCAUACUUUAUUUGGUUAAAUCGGAGCGUUUUCGGGGUGGGCCUGUUCCUAAAUGGUUUCUCACAUGUGUCCCCCCCACCCCCCCCCACCUUGUAUGACUGUAUGAGACCAUUCCCACAAUAUUUGUGGACUACCUGAUAAUUAACUUAUCAUUUUUGUGAACCUAAAUAAAUAUUGUAUGUCGACCUAA